AUGGUAGAAACUGACCCUGGGCCCAAGAAACCUCACAAUUGUGAUGUAAAAAUCGACCACCAACUAAACGGACCAGGUUCCAAAGCUGCCGAGAUUGGAAUCCAACCUCCACUGAAGUCUCCGACUAAAUUUGAUCCCGAAAAAGGAGGCAAUUCUGAAAAAGCUGACUUCGAAAGGGCUAUCGAAUUAACUCGAUAUGGCCGAUUUCACUACCUCCUUUUGGCCGUCUGCGGCCUCGUCAGCACCUCCGAAGAAAUGGACGUCAUCUCCAUGUCUUUCAUCCUACCAUCAGCACAGUGCGACUUAGAUCUCACCACUCAGACGAAGGGAUGGCUGAACAGCAUUAUCUUCAUCGGAAUGAUGGUAGGCGCAUACGCAUGGGGCUCCGUGGCUGACACCCUGGGCCGCAAGCGCGUUCUUAUCGCCAUCUCCAUCAUCAACGGGCUGGCCAUCGUUGCAUCCUCCUUCAGUCAGAAUUAUGAGCUGUUUAUGCUUUUUAGAUUCUUGAACGGUGCAGCUUUAGGAGGAUCCGGCCCAGUUAUCUGGUCAUACUUCGCAGAGUUCCAGCCCAAGAAUAAGCGUGGUGCCAUGUUGAGUUUUAUGGCUGCUUUCUGGACUUUGGGAAACCUGUUCGUAGCGGGAUUAGCUUGGGUCAUUAUACCUAGUGAGAUCGGGAUUCAGAGCGGUGCUUUUAUCUACAACUCGUGGCGUAUCUUUCUACUAGUGAUGUCUCUACCUUCAUUCGUAGUAGCCGCGCUCCUGUUUCUACUACCAGAAUCACCCAAGUUCUUAAUCUCUACGGGCAGGCAUGAAGAUGCCUUGGAAGUCUUUCGAGGCAUUUAUAUGAUGAAUACCGGCCGAAGUAAAGAAGAGUAUCCAGUAAAGCAGUUGCUUAUUGACGAGGUGAUGCACGCAAAACCGGAGAAGCAAAUUGAAGCUAAAGAACCAAAAUCGAAGUUGAGGAGAAUGUUGAGCGACAUUGUGGAGCAUAGCAAACAAUUAUUCGUACCGCCUAUUCUCAAGUUUACAACGAUCUCGAUCACGAUUAAUUUCACAUUCCACAUUGGCUACUACGGUCUUAUGAUGUGGUUCCCGGAGAUGUUCAACCGUUUCGACGAAUGGUCGCGCACGCACGACAACGCUGAAGCAGAUAUUUGUCAAGUGACCGCGUAUGUGACGCAGUACGGCACCCACUCAGCCGAUGCCCACUGCGACUCUCAUAUUAAUUCGAAUGUUUUCAUGGAAUCGCUGAUCACUGUGGCAGCGGCAAUACCGUCUAACAUCUUCGCGGUAUUGGGCAUGGAUAGACUUGGCAGGAAGUUUUUCUUAGUAUUCGCGACGUUCUCUGCCGGAAUAUGCUCGGCUGCGAUGUAUUUUGUUUACAACAAGACGAACAACUUGAUAGUGAGCGCGAUAUUCAGUUCCGUCAUAUCUUGUGGUAAUGCGUCUCUUGACUGCCUCAUCACUGAAGUCUUCCCGACAAACUUAAGAGCUACCGGGGUGGCAGUAUCAAUGGUAGCAGCCCGUCUGGGUGGUAUCAUCGGAAAUGUCGUGAUCGCCACACUCUUGGACACCUACUGCCCAGCACCGACCUUCAUUGUGGCUGUGCUGCUCGCCAGCGGCGGUCUGAUGUGCCUCUUCCUGCCCAACACUACAAGACAGGCCCUACAGUAA